AAUCACAGAAUGGACUUCUGGAUUCUGGUAAUCAGAAUUAUUUUCUUAUCACAAACUACAAUUGGAAUUCUGGGAAAUGUUUCUCUUAUGUUCUACUAUCUAGUCCUUUACUAUAGAGAAUGCACAUUAAAGCCCACAGAUUUGAUUCUCCUACACCUAAUGACAGCCAAUUCUAUGACCAUAAUCUCUUUAGGAGUGCCCAACACAAUGGCAGCUUUUGGGUUGAUGCAGUUCUUCAAUGAUUUGGAGUGCAGGAUCCUAAUAUACAUUCAAACAGUUGGCCGGAGUGUGUCCAUUGGCACCACCUGUCUCUUAAGUGUCUUCCAGGCCAUGACUGUCAGACCCAGGGAAUUAUGUUGUAAAGAUUAUAAAGUCAAAGCUGAAAAUUUUAUUGGCUGUUCCAUUUCCCUCCUCUGGGGCUUCUACAUGUUAAUACAUUUCGUUUUAUUUGUGUAUCCAUUUAUCAAACUUAAUAGCAAAAAUAUGACAGGAAAAAGGGAUUUUGGAUACUGCUCUACUACAGGGAGUGAUGAGAUCAGUGACUCAUUCUAUGCAGCAAUGGUGGUGUGUCCUGAAGUUUUCUUUUCUGUGCUGAUUACCUGGUCCAGCAGCUCCAUGAUUGUCAUUCUGUACAGACACAAGAAGAGGGUUCAACACAUCCGCAGCUCUCAUGGUUACAAUAGAACAUCACCUGAGUCCAGAGCCACCCAGAAGAUUCUGGUCUUGGUGUCUACCUUUCUUGCAUUUUAUAGUCUCUCCUUGAUCUUACGAGGCUGCAUUGCUCUUUUGUAUAAUCACAGUUGGUGGCUGGUGAACAUCACUCCCUUCACUUCUCUGUGUUUUCCAUCUUUUGGACCCUUUGUUCUUAUGAAUCCUUGCUCCAUUAUCUACAGGCUUACCUUGAUAUGGAUUAGGAAGAAAAAUAAUUUAAUCUUCUUUAAAGUACAUGAAUAA